GACAUUGCCGGGGUGUCGUCGCACAUGGCCGUGCUCGUCUACUCCAUCUCCGCCUGCUUCACUGUGCUGAAUCUGAUUUGGUUCCAAGCGAUGAUGUUUGGCGAGAACGCCGUUGUUCGCCGGCUCCGCAGCCGCUCAGCACUCAAGCAGCAGCAGAAGAAGAACCAGUGA